AUGCCAUUUCUCGAUGAAAAUGGUAUAAUUAGAGUUGGAGGUCGCUUACAAAACUCUACUUUGAGUUACAAUGUAAAGCAUCCAAUAGUAUUAGCUAAAUCGAAUCCACUCUCAGAGUAUAUAAUCAAAGACUCACACGAGAGAACUUUGCAUGGUGGUAUUACACUUACCAUGUCUGUUGUGAAUCGUAAAUUUUGGAUUGUUUCUGGAAACCAAUUGGCAAAAUCCAUAAUUUAUAAAUGCAUGAAAUGUUUUAGAUAUUCAGCUAAAACUUCACAACAAGUUAUGGGUAAUUUACCAUAUGUUCGUCUAAAUGUUGCAAGACCCCUUAAGCAUAGUGGUGUUGACUAUGCAGGUCCAAUAACACUUAAGAACUCAACAUUAAGAUCCGCAGUGGUUUCCAAAGGUUACAUAUGUUUAUUUGUGUGCAUGGUCACAAAGGCCAUACACCUGGAAGCUGUUUCAGACCUUUCUACAAAUGCUUUUCUGGCUGCAUUUAAACGUUUUGAGUCCCGACGAGGAGCGUGCUCCGAUAUCUAUACAGAUUGCGGGACAAAUUUUGUAGGAGCUUCAAAGGAACUCCAAAUUCUAUACAACCGAAAUAUAAAAUCUUUGCCAAAUGAUUUGCGCCAGGCAUUAAGUUUAAACUGUACUAACUGGCACUUCAUUCCACCAGCCUCACCAAAUUUUGGUUGUUUAUGGGAGGCUGGUGUAAAAUCGGUAAAACACCACUUAAAACGUAUCACGAAUAAUAGACUUUUAAGCUUUGAGGAACUGGUAACUCUGCUUUGCCAAAUUGAAAGUUGUUUAAACUCUCGGCCAUUAUGCCCUCUAUCUUCAGACCCUUCCGAUUUUGAUGCGCUUACCCCUGCGCACUUUCUUGUAGGAGAACCAUUACAAUGUGUCCAAGAGGAGAAAUUGCUUGAUCAAAACAUCAAUCAUCUUACUCGCUGGAAAUCCGUAGAAUUAUUAAAACAACAUUUCUGGAAAAGGUGGUAUAGAGAAUAUUUUAACCGUCUUCAAGCACGCCCGAAAUGGUUGAAGAUCAAUGCAAAUCCUAGGAUUGUAGAAUUAGAGCUCAUUGCUGAUGAAAGAUGCGGUCCAGGACAAUGGCUACUUGGUCGUAUCAAAGAUGUUCAUCCAGGUUCUGAUGGGCUAAUAAGGGUGGUAUCUGUUCAAACUAAAAAUAAAGUAAUGAAACGACCAAUAUCUAAGAUUUCUUUUCUUCCAGACAAAUCACCAGAUUGUACCGUUAAAAACAACUCGCACAAGUAA